AGCAUCGUGAGACUAGGGAAGUGACAGACGAUGAAGCAUUUAUCGAUUUCUAACUGGCUGACCCAGCUGGGACUCACAGAAUACUGCACACUCUUUGAUGAGCAGUAUGAUGGUGUAGAGGAUUUGCUCCAUCUGACAGAAGUUGAUCUUAGGAAAAUGGGAAUUGAGAACCAAAUCCACCGAACACACAUAAUUUCCAAUAUUUUGCUGCUACAGGAGGCAGAAAGAAAAAGAGAACUAAGAAUGCUAGCUACAGGAAAAUUUGCAAGUCUUCCCAGAAACAUGCAGAUGAACCACCAGUUUCCAUUGGCUUCUUCCAUGGACCUGUUGAGCAGUAAAUCCUCUUUGGCUGACCAUCACUUGGACUCCUUUCAAGACGUUUCUAUCCAUGGUACCCUCCCAAGGAAGAAAAAGGGGACCAUUCCUGUAAGAUCUUGUGAUAUGUUUAGCCACAUGGGAACGCUGCCAUACUCCAGAACACCCAGGCAGCAGGCAUCUUUGAUUCAAGACGUCAUAGAGGAGUAUCCUCUGCAAGACAGGAAGAGUGAGAAAUUCCACCUCAGAGAUCAGAAUAUGCUGGAUCCAGCUAUGGAGUAUGUGAAGUUCUCUAAGGAGAGGCAGAUUAUGGACAUUACCCCGGAAAAGCUAAAGAAAGAGCUAGAAGAAGAGCUGCAGUUAAGCAGUGAAGACUUGCGAAGCCAUGCCUGGUACCACGGGCGCAUUCCUCGGCAGGUGGCAGAAAGUCUAGUUCAGAGAGAUGGUGACUUCUUGAUUCGGGACUCUCUCUCCAGUCCUGGCAACUUUGUUCUCACCUGUCAGUGGAAAAACAUUUCUCAGCAUUUCAAAAUCAACAGGACAGUCGUGAGACUCAGUGAAGCCUACUGCCGUGUUCAAUAUCAGUUUGAACUUGAAAGUUUUGACAGCAUCCCUGGGUUAGUUAGGUAUCACGUGGGGAACCGCAAACCAAUAUCAAAGCAGAGUGGAGCAAUUAUUUUUCAGCCUAUUAACCGGACUGUACCACUGAGGUGUCUAGAGGAGAAGUAUGGAGUAUCUCCAGUCCGACAAAGAGAAUGCAGCAUCUCAGAAGGAAAAUCAGAGGCUGCAAAAAGACUGAGCCUCAAUGUAUGCGGUGUGCAAUCCCGGGAGCAUAGUUUAACCAGAGGAAACCUUUUAAGAAACAAAGAAAAAAGUGGUAGCCAGCCAGCGAGUUUGGACCAUGUCCAGGAGAAGAGAUUCCCACUGAAGGCUCACCAGUCAGAAAGCUACCUGCCAAUUGGUUCAAGGCAUCCAUCUCAGGUACCUGAAACAGGUACAGGUUCAUGUCCAAAUUCCCCUAUUUCCCCAUUCAGAACAGGCAGUGAACCUACUCUGAGCCCCACAGUUGUCCAGAGAGUUGCCUCAGACUCUCAAGCAGGAGAAGCACUUAGAGGCUCAGACAGCCAGCUCUGUCCCAAGCCUCCACCUAAACCCAGCAAAGUGCCCUUGCUGAAGCCACCGCAGUCUCCUUUAGCUUGGCACAGUUCAGAGGCACACUACUGUGAACUAAACCCUGCCACUCCCAUGGAUUGUGGAGCAGCAAAACAACCUUCAUGUCAGAAGAGCAGCUACGUGGAACAUCUGACAGCUAAAGAGAAUGGAGCCCUUUCAUUCAGGAACUCUGAGACCAAUUACCUGAUCCUGGAGGAUGAUGCAUCACAGAGGUCUAUGGAUCCAUUAGCAGCGCAGAAUGCGAUGGCUGAGGAGGGAAGCAUGUAUGUAGCACCUGUUCUUGAGACGGUCUCUAGUUUUAAACCAAAUGAUUUUGAAUCCAAGCUUCUUCCUCUGGAAAACAAGCCACUUGAAACAUCAAUGCUAAAGAGAGUCAAGGAACUAUUCACCAACAAUGAUCCAAAGAUUAUUGCACAGCACAUACUUAGAAUGGACUGCAAGGUUGCUAGGAUACUGGAGGUCUCAGAAGAGAUGAGAAGGAUCAUGGGUGUGAGCUCAGGUCUGGAACUCAUUACAUUGCCGUAUGGACACCAACUGCGUCUGGACCUAAUUGAAAGGCAUAACACCAUGGCCAUAGGAAUAGCUGUGGAUAUUUUGGGCUGCACAGGAAACUUAGAAGAGAGAGCUGCAACACUGAACAGGAUCAUCCAGGUAGCCGUGGAGCUGAAGGAUGUUCUGGGGGAUUUGUACGCAUUCUCUGCUAUUAUGAAAGCGCUGGAAAUGCCACAGAUCUCCAGGUUGGAACAAACCUGGACGACACUACGGCACCACUACACCCAAAUGGCUAUUACUUAUGAAAAGCAGCUGAAACCAUUCAGCAAAGCCUUGCACGAAGGAAAGGAGACCAUGUGCUCUCCACCAAACAUCGUCACAGUGCCAUUGCUGAUGCCUUUGGUUACCUUGAUGGAGCGACAGGCUGUCACUUUUGAAGGGAUGGACCUGUGGGAAAACACUGACCAAAGCUGUGAAAUUAUGCUCAAGCACUUAACUGCAGCCCGUAGCAUAGCACAGCAUGCUGACAUGUACAGAUUGACUGCAGAGAGGAUAUUGGAAGGCUUUCAACCAGAUGAAGAGAUGAGUGAGAUCUUCAAGACAGAAUUUCAAAUGAGACUGCUGUGGGGCAGCAAAGGCGCACAAGUAAAUCAGAGGGAGAGAUACGAGAAAUUCAACCAGAUUUUAAAUGCACUGUCUCGAAAAUUAGAACCUCCUCCAGUAAAGCAGGUGGAUCUAUUAAAUAUCUAACAAACUCUUCAAUAAUUAUCUUAAACGGUAACCUCCAAAUGAUCAUCAGUUAAUCUAAAAAAAGGUUUUUUGCUGAUUUGACACUGCAAGCCUCUAGCAUUCACAGGAUCCCUAGGACUUGUAAAUUGCACAUUUAUGAGUUGUUUAAAAUUACUACUGAUUUCUAAAUGAAUUAUUUAUUUGUUGUUAAAUUUGUAACCGUGUCAUUUUAAUGAUCCCUGAACAGUCAAACCUAACAUAUGGCCCUUUACAAGGUUGUUCUGAAGUUUACCAGAUAUCACCUUUAUAAAAAUGUCUAUAAUGUCCAGUAGUUAUCACAUUUGAUGUUGUUUCACUUAAUAUUUUCAGUCAUGAAACACUCUAGUGUAAAUAGAAAAUGAUAGUAGGUAUGUCAUUUAAAAAAUAUCAGUUGUAUGAUAUUCCUUAUACAAAUAUGAAAUUGUACAUACAGUUGUGAAUUAAAGUAUAUCUUUAUGUGAA